UCUAGAGCUGCUAGUGUCAGUUAUGGUACAGACUAUCUUUCUAUGAAAUGGGAUGAUGUUAACUGUGCCAGUAGCAGCUAUUUAUCCAUUGCUCAAUGUUCCUACUCUACUAUCAUUGAGAGUGGCUGUGUUAACAGUAACAGUUAUGAUGCUACUGUAUACUGCUAUACUACUAGAAUCUGGAACAGUAGCCCAUUCCCUGGUAUGGUACGUCUUCAAGAUGGAAUUUAUUCUAAUGAAGGACGUGUUGAGGUUUAUUGUAAUGGACAGUGGGGGACAAUAUGCAGUGACGGGUUUGACUCUACUGAUGCCAACACUCUCUGCAAGCAACUGGGAUAUGAUGGUUAUAACAGCUUUGAUCACACCUCAAGAUUGGGAUCAUUAGAUUUCAUUAUCCUAAGCAUGCAACUGCAAGAAAAAGUCAUAAUACCACACUUUGGUGAAUCUUCUUACCAUAGGCGGCUGCAGGCCUAA